CUUGGUAAAAUUCAAUUUGGAUAGCUUCCAUCCAGGAACACAUAGAAAAGUUUAUCAGCCUCAUCAGCCUCGACAAGUCUUUCUAUCAGUGCCUAUCACACGUAUUCAAAAUUCAUCAUCAUGGAAGGGUUAGUUGUCUAGCUACUUUCUAGCUGUCUGGCUAUCAUACGUAUUUCAACUGGGAUCUACUAACUAUAAUCAAAUAGACUUACCCCCGCCGAGCAAAGAGAAUUCCAAAGCCGCAUGGAAAGGAAGCAAAUGAAAGAGUUUAUGGGCGUAAGUCGAUAUUCUAUGUAUUGUCAUUUUUCACGCUCAACUGUGCAAUCUUGCAAAUAUCCCAAGCUGGAAUAUGUACCGGAGACAAUGGGGGACGGGCCAUUACACUCCACGCCGCACUUCAUGUGUCCGCGGGGGAAGUCUAAAAUUCUACUUGGUUUGGAUGGCUGGUAUAUUUCACCAUGUUCGCCAAGCAACAUUCUUUGUUCCUGCCAGUCUGGGAGCGCCACUCAAUCUGUCAUCUUUAACCCUAAUUCACUUGCCCACUGGAUCAAUCAUCGCAGCUCUCAUUGAGCUUCCAAAUUUUUGUGCAAAUCAUAUGGUGUUCAUGAACCUACUUUGUUAUGAAUGAGGCUGCACGGCAUAUUCUGGGAGUCUUCAGACACUAUAUUCUCAAACUGCCCAUAUAAUAAGCAGUCCUCGCACCUGCUAUAAUUCUGCACUUCUUUCCCAUACCUCGCUUCGACUUUUCCAACUCAAAGACCAACUAACAACUCUUUUCCACCACACAGAUGUUCUCCAACCUAGUUACCCACUGCUUCGAUGCCUGCGUCGACGAUUUUACCACCAAGUCCCUCAUUGCCCGUGAAACCGGUUGCGUCUCUCGAUGUGUACAGAAGUUUAUGGCGGGAAGUGAGAGAAUUGGUCAGAGAUUCCAGGAACAACAGGCACAGAUGAUGAGUCAACCUCCUCCUGGGUCGAGGUAGAUGUGGUCUAUGGUACGGCGAGGUGAAUAGUGAAAGGUGGGGGGCAAACUGGGGUUGUAAGAUAAAUAUUUGAGGAAAAAUUUUGAGGUCGAUGCAAGAGGGCAGGAUUGAUAUGAAAAUAAAUGCUGCAUUACAGAUGACGGGAAUAUAAAAUGACGAAAAAAUAUCUUCGGGGGGAAAGAUAUGUGUGGAUACUACAUGAUGGAAAAGACUUCGAAUUUUCCUCAAAUUAGCCGGAAAUGUUUCCCUGAACUUUUAACGAAGAUCAUUUUUCUGUGCA